UCUUCGAUAUAAAUGCUGCCGGGUACUUGUACACGGAUUCAAAACAGAUUCGAUCUUGUACAAACGGACGUCGGGGAACAUCAACUAGCGUCAUGCAGUACAUAUUAUUGGCGUUUACUCUAAUUGGAUGCGCUGUGGGGCAAUAUGGUGCGUACCGGGGUUUCCCAAAUCAAAACGCUUACAGGCCGAAGCCCAGGCCGACCGAUUAUCAACCGCAACCGGCCCCUCAAUACUCGCCCCAGUACAACUCUCCUGGGAGAUUUAUAGCUAUUCGUAGCCAACAGAAGGAUACCUAUCCCGACGGGUCUUACACGUUCAGCUACGAUACCGAAAACGGGAUUUCGGUCUCCGAGAGUGGACGUCCUCAAGGAACUCCGCAAGGCCAGAGCGAGGUCGUCCAGGGUAGGUACUCGUACACAGCUCCGGAUGGCACACCCAUUACCCUUGAGUACACGGCCGACGAGAACGGUUUCCACGCUCAGGGUGCUCAUCUACCGACCCCGCCACCGAUCCCCGAGGCAAUCAGAAGAGCCCUGGCCGCGAAUCCGCCAGGCCCCGGCGAUGACUCGGGCGACUACAGACAACCGUACAACCCGAAUCCUUAUCGAAGAUAUUAAAUAAACUAUUGUAUCAACUGAUUCGAAACGCGAAAGUGGAGCUUCUAAGCCUUACUGCCCUUUAUCCUGGCCUGAUACGUAUUUACAUAUGUAUAUAACAGUCACUAUGAAAUGAAUAAAUGGUUUUACCUCUUCUUUAUUUAUA